CACGUGACCACCACAGCUCUCAGUUCCGCUCCCUGUCCCAGACCUCUGGGUGGGCACUUCCAGGGACUCCUUCUGUGGGGGGGGCACCAGCAGCAUCCUGCUGGGGGCGUGGAGGGAUUAAUCAGUGACAGGAAGCUGCCUCUUUCAGAGCAGUGACCAGCUGUGCAAGACCAGCCCUAGGAGUCUGUGGUGCUUCCUGCCCGCUGCUCACCCAUCCGCUCCUGCCAUGGGGCACCUUGGGGCCCUCCUCUUCCUCCUUGGGGGCCUGGGGGCUCUCGCUGAUAUCUGCGAAAUACCAGAGGUGGAUAGCAAGCUGGUGGAGAGGCUGGGCCAGCACCUCUUGCCCUGGAUGGACUGGCUGUCCCUGGAGUACCUGAACCCCAGUAUCUACGUGGGCCUACGCCUCUCCAGCCUGCAGGCCGGGGCCAGGGAGGCCUUCUAUCUGCACAUCCUCAAGCUCAACUACCAGCAGAGCGUCCUGGGGCUUGCCAUCAAUGAUGACAACAGUAACAACCAGGCCAAGCCCUCCAUGGGCCAGCUGGCCCUCUACCUGCUGGCUCUCAGGGCUAACUGUGAGUUUGUUGGAGGCCACAAGGGGGACAGGCUGGUCUCACAGCUGAAGCGGUUCCUGGAGGACGAGAAGAGGGCCAUUGGGUCCAAUCACAAGGGCCAGCCCCUCACCAGCUACUACCAGUAUGGCCUGGGCAUCCUGGCCCUGUGUGUCCACCAGAAGCGGCUCCAUGACAGCGUGGUGGGCAAGCUCCUGUACGCCGUGGAACACGACCAACAUCUGCCCCAGGGCCCCCUCUCUGUGGACACAGUGGCCAUGGCGGGCUUGGCCUUCACCUGUCUGGAGCGCUCCAACCUCAACCCCAAUCAGGGACACCGGAUCACCCUGGCCAUUAGGACAGUACAAGAGAAAAUCCUGAAGGCCCAGACCCCUGAAGGCCACUUUGGGAAUGUUUACAGCACACCUCUGGCGCUGCAGUUACUGAUGAACUCCUUCAUGCCUGAAAAGAAGCUGGGCACAGCAUGCCUCAAGGCAAGGGCUGCUCUGUUGGCCAGUAUGCAGGAGGGGGCCUUCAAGAAUGUUCUCAUCAUUUCCCAGCUGCUGCCUGUCCUGAACGGCAAGAGCUAUGUGGAUCUCAUCUCGCCAGACUGCGAGGCACCAAGAGUCCUGUUGCAACCAGCUGUGGAGACUCCUUCACAGACCCAAGCGCUCAUCAGUGUCAUGCUGAAGGUCCCCAGUGUCUUGCCACCAUACAGACAUGCCAUAUCCGUCCCUGCUGGGUCCUCCUUGGAAGAUGUCCUUAAGAAGGCCCAGGAGCUCACAAGAUUCACGUGAGACCCCCACCUCCCAGCCCUCACCCCACCU